AUGGACGUGGACGCAAUUCAGCAAAUCCCUCUUUGCUGUCAAGAUAUGCCAGACAUUUUGGUAUGGCACUAUACGAGUAGUGGAUUAUUUUCAGUUCGUUCGGCUGGUCAUUUGCAAAUGAAUCUUAGCAUGCGGGAGACGCGGGGGUCUGGGUCGGAAAUACAAAAUGUUACUUGGUUUUGGAAAAGAGUAUGGCGCCUCCGCAUCCCAAGUAAGAUUAAGGUUUUUGCGUGGAGGUGUUGCUCCAAUAUUCUGCCGGUUAGAUCAGUUAUUCGGCGUCGACAUUUAAUGAUGGAGGAUAUGUGUGCUUGCUGUGGGGCUGAGGCAGAAACGUUAAUGCACUGUUUUUGGGGUUGUUUGAGUGCGAUGGAGGUGUGGCAACAAAGCCCGAUAUCGUUUGUGCUUGAUAAGGAAGCUGGUAUUGACUUUAUGAGCUGGGCAUAUGGAAUUGGAUGUUGGUUUAAUGAAGAUACACUGGGUUUGUCUUUCGUUGUUUGUUGGGGUUUGAGUUCAUCUCGAAAUCAAGCCCUAUUCAAUAAUCUCGUUCACUCGGCUGCUGCAACUGUUCAAAUGGUGUGUGCUUUGUUGAAAGAUUACGGGCGGACACAAUCCAAUUUGGGUGGGGUUCCAUUGGACCGUGAGAUUGAAGUGGAGACCGCCGGCUGA